AUGUUAUUUUUUCAUCGCCGUACACUAUCUAGACGACAUCAUAUGUUAACAAUCACUAGUGCUAGUAUUUUAAGUUAUGUUUACUGUAAUUUAUUCAUUCGUAACUCUCACACACAGGCCUUAUCAAAAUUUAAAUAUUAUAGAAUAGCAUCGGUGUUCGAUUCAAACUCUAAAUGCCCAAUCUCUUUAAGAAACCAUUUUAACGACAGAUAUUAUUUAUUUAUUAGAAGAUUGUACUCUAGUUCUCCCGCCAAUAAUGUAGAGGAUGUACUAUAUAAAGUGUUUUCCCCAGAUUCUUUUAGUGAAACAACAUUUAGGCACUCGAUAUUAAAUAUGAAAUUUCCAGAUCAAGCUGAUGAGCCCGAAUGGGUUCAAGAAUCAAAAAGUUUUAAUCACCCUUCUUUUGAAAAAAUAGGCUCAGUGUAUUUGCCAGACAUCGGAGUUGUCGCGUCUAAUUAUAAACAUAAAUUAAGCGGACUCUCAGUUUUUUCGUUAAAAUCGCACAUUGACUCAGGCAAGGAAAUGUGUUUUGAUUUAAUUGUACCAUCACCACCUCUAAAUAGUAAAGGGUCGCCACACGUUCUAGAACAUUCAGUUUUAUCUGGAACACCAAAGUACCCAAUGAAGGACCCAUUCUCAUUGUUAGUCCAGGGAGGAUUCAACAGUUUCCUUAACGCUAUGACAUACAAAGAUAGAACGUCAUACCUCUUCGCAUCAACCAACGAAAAAAGCUUUUAUCAAACAGGAGACGUUUAUAUGGACUCAUUCUUUAGACCUAACAUAACGAAGGAUAAAACUAUAUUUGAACAAGAGUGUUGGCAUUACAAGGUUACGGAUGGAACCUCAGAUAAAAGUGAUGCAGAUGUUCCCCUGCAUGGAAGAAUGAUAGGCUACUCAGGAGUUGUAUAUAGCGAAAUGAAGAAUAGGUUUUCAGAUUCUUCAUGUCUGUUUUAUAACUUGAUUUACCAAAAUCUGUUCAGUAAUAGUUACAAGUAUGUGAGCGGAGGUGACCCAAGUGAUAUAGUGGAUCUAACUCACCAAGAGCUAGUUAAUUUCUAUAAACUGUAUUACGGACCAAAGACAGCAACAUUGUAUUUCUAUGGACCCUAUGAUGUACAAAAUAGACUGGAUUUCGUAGAUAAGUACCUGACUACAUAUAAUAUUGGAAUUGAAAAGGAUCCAAAUAAUGAAAACUUGGUCCAUAAUGCAAGCCUGUUAUCAUCAGACUCAAACCUACCAUACGAGGAAUACAAAAGUAAACCCAAACAUGUGAGUUCAGAGUAUAGUUCUGUUGAUCCUACCGAAGACGAAUUGAUGAUUUCAUGGUUGCUUGACCCACUUUAUAACGGAUCAAUGGAUAAAUUUAAAAUCGAUCCUGUGGAUAAUGUAGGAUUUCAGGUAUUGCAAUACCUAUUAUUAGGAACGCCUGAAAGUGUACUAUAUAAAGGGUUGAUUGAUUCAGGGCUUGGGAAAAAGGUGCUAGUUCACGGGUUCCUAAGUGGAUAUAAACAGUCACUGUUUUCGUUUGGGCUCAAGGGAGUUGACAACACAAAACAUAAUUCCAAAGAUGAGAUUGUGAGGAAGUUCGAAGAGGUGGUAUUUGGAAUCUUGAACAAAAUAACGGAAGAAGGAUUCAAAAGAGAUGCAAUAGACUCGGGACUAAAUUUGGUGGAAUUCGAGAUGAGAGAACUUAACAGUGGAAGUUAUCCAAAGGGUUUGAUGCUUAUUGACCUGAUACAAUCACAGCUUCAGUAUGGCAAGGAUCCGUUUGGUUUACUGAGGUUUGAUUCUCUAAUGAAGGAACUGAGAUCAAGAAUAUUCUCAGAUAACCCGUCAAACUAUUUCAUCAACCUUAUAGUAAAGCAUAUGCUUAACAAUAAUACCAGAGUUACAGUACACUUACAAGCAGUGGAAGCAUCAAAAUAUGAAAAGGAGUUCAAUAAAAAAAUUGCAGAUCAGUUACGGGAAAGACUUUCACACUUAUCUAAGGAACAGGUUGAUGAAAUGGAGGAAUACUACAAGAAAUUUAAAGCUGAAAGAGAAGAUAUGGAUAUUAAUGAUGGUUCUGAAUCCCUAAAAACACUUGAGCUUUCAGAUAUAUCCCGUGAACAAGAAACUAUCCCAACCAAAUUCUAUAAACUAUCUUCAGAUGGUUUAUCUGAAUCUAACGCUUUAUACAACGAUGGAAAGACGUUUACUGUACUAACCCACCCUAUUGAUUCUCACGGAGUCUUGUACAUGGAUUAUGCACUAUCACUGGACUCACUUACAGUGGAUGACCUAUGCUACCUCAACUUAUUCUCAUCAAUGCUUAAAGAGUCUGGAACUGAUAAACUAACACCUGAAGAGUUGACAUAUAAGAUCGACAAGAAUUUAGGAGGUCUAUCACUCUCAACGUACUUUACAACUGAGACCAACAACAAAACCUAUGAUGAUCCUGAAGACGGAUUGGGCUACCUUAUUGUCAGAGCGAAGUGCCUGAAACACAAAGUUAAUGAAAUGUUAGAAGUUGUUAAUGAAGUGCUAUUGAAUGCUGACUUCUCGAACUCAAAAAAAGGUUUAGAGAUAUUGAAACGUGCAUUGAGUAUGUACCAAGCUAACGUUUCCAGUAAGGGAAAUGAAUUUGCACUACGCAGAAUGUGUGCCAAGUUCUCAGUUUCUGAUUACGCUGACGAGUUGGUUAAUGGAUAUUCACAGCUGGUAUUUUUGAGAGAUACCUUGGUUCCAUUAGCUGAAAAGGAUUGGUCAAAGGUUGAAUCUAAACUCAAUGAGAUGAGAGUUAAAUUAUUGAGUAUGAAAAACCUCACUGUUAACCUUGGAGGAGAUUCUGAACUGCUAGACUCAGUCCUUGAUGACUCAACAACAUUCUACUCCAAACUAUCAUCAACAUUCAAAUAUGGUUCAAAGACUAGUGACAAAGUCUGGGUCAAGGAAGUCCUAGACAAAAAAUUAAUGGACUCAGUUGACAAAAAUGAACUGAUAGUAGUUCCCUCGAGAGUUAAUUUUGUAGGAAUGGGAGGAAAACUGUUUGACAAGAAUGACGAAGUUCUAGGUUCAAAUUCAUUAGCAGUUCACUACCUGAGCCGGAAACAUCUGUUCACUUUUGUAAGAAUGAGCCUGGGCGCCUACUCAGUGUAUUCAUACCUUCUGAACACAGGUCAUAUAAUAUUUAUGUCAUAUGCCGAUCCAAACUUCGAAAAAACACUAGAAGUUUACAGAAACUUGGCCUCAGUAAUGAAAGAAGCGUAUGAAAAGAUAGAAGAUAGUGAAUUACUAAGGCAGAAGAUAGGAAAAAUAAGUGGUUUGGAUAAACCACUCCAUGUAGAAAAUAAAACAGAAGUGGCACUGAGAAGAGCAUUGAGGAAGGAAAGCGAUGAGUUUAGACAAAAGUUCAGAGAGGAUGUUAUUGAUAGCACGAAGGAGUGUUUCAAUAGAUUAUAUAAACAAAUGACCGAUCAGAAGGAGUGGAACAAUGUUUCAGCAGUAGUUAACAGUAACACGUCAGAUGAGGCCCCUUCAGACUAUAAAAGGCUCCAAAUUAAUUAA